AUGACCAUCUCUCUAACAUUACGUCUUCGUACCGCUCUUCUUAUCUCUCUAAUCACUCUCACGUGCCCAAAGCGAUGCACAUCGCAUGCUCCACUUACGCUAAAGCUAUUGCACACAAAAUUAAUCAGAAACAAUUACUUGCAUCCCAAACAAAUUCCCUCUUCUCGUUUUGAUAACUUGUGGCCCACGGACACAGCGGAUAUCGUCUCACAUGUCACACCUAUUCCAAGUCCAGCAGCAUUCGUCGCAAACAUCUCUAUCGGCGACCCACCGGUUUCGCAGCUCCUACUCAUCGACACAGGCAGUGACCUAACUUGGAUCCAGUGUCUUCCUUGCAAAUGUUACCCUCAAACAAUUCCUUUUUACCACCCUUUAAGAUCUUCCACUUACCGUAACGCAUCUUGCGAAUCCGCACCACAAGCCAUGCCUCGAAUCUCUCGCGACGAAGAGACCGGAACUUGCCAAUAUUACCUCCGCUACCGAGACUAUUCGACCACCGGAGGCGUUUUAGCCGAGGAAAAGCUCACUUUUCAAACAUCCGACGACGGUUUAACCGCUAAACCUAACGUUGUCUUCGGCUGCGGACAAGACAACUCCGGUUUCACUCAAUACAGUGGCGUCCUCGGUUUAGGACCCGGUAAAUUCUCCAUAGUAACACGUAAUUUCGGGUCUAAAUUCUCUUACUGCUUCGGCAGCUUAACCGAUCCGACAUAUCCUCACAACAUUCUCAUCCUCGGAGACGGCGCAAGAACCGAAGGCGAUCCAACUCCUUUACAUAUAUCAAAAGACCGUUACUACCUUGACCUCCAAGCAAUCUCCUUAGGAGAGAAACUUCUUGAUAUUGACCCCGGCGUUUUCAAGAGAUAUGGAUCACAAGGAGGCACGGUCAUCGACACGGGCUGUUCACCGACGAUUCUUGUAAGAGAAGCUUACGAAACGCUCUCUGACGAAAUCGAUAAUCUUCUAGGAGAUGUUCUCACGCGCGUCAAAGGUUGGGAGCCAUACACGAAUCCAUGCUACGUUGGGAAUAUGAAACUCGAUCUCUUGGGAUUUCCCGUCGUCACGUUUCAUUUCGCCGGCGGAGCUGAGCUGGCGUUAGACGUUGAGAGCUUGUUCGUUAGCAGUGGAAGUGGAGAUAGGUUUUGUUUGGGUAUGAGUAUGAACACGUUCGAUGAUAUGAGCGUAAUUGGUGCCAUGGCUCAGCAGAAUAAUAAUGUUGGGUAUGAUCUUCGAAACAUGAAGGUUUAUUUCCAGAGGAUUGAUUGUGAACUUCUUGAUUCUUAA